CACGCUAAGCGUGCUCACGACUGCGCAGGUGUGAGAUAAUACAGCACACACAUCUAUAGCAGCGGCUGUGGUGCGUUGCUCCCAGCGCCUGGCACAUGUUUGAUGAAGCCCGGGGCAUCCUCAACCCCACAUUAACGAUGAAGUCGUACGAGUUACCCGUUAACGCCAAGGUAGACGUGCUCAGAAGAAAGAUACACGAUGUACACGGCAACCUGCAGUCACUGAACAUAUCGAACUGCAUCGUCGCGCAGCCGGCAUUCCUGCUGUUAUGUUUAUCCGAGUUCAAAAACCUUCAGACACUGUCCUGCAUCGCCUGUCCCCUCAGACCGAGCGUUCUUCUGGAACACCUGCUGACGUCUUUGCAGAACGUCACUCACCUAGAAUUCUCGCUCGUCGAAGCUUUCAACUACGCCAAGGAGGAACUUCUCAAGAUCCGCCUUUUGGCGAACGUGCACAAGGGUAGGGAAACAAAGGUUCGCAAGGUCUACGUUGAGGUCGCUGAUGAAAAGAACGCAGACCUGCUGCAGACAUUUUUGAGGUAUUGUCCUUACCUGAGGGACCUUCACGUUCACUUCGUGCGCUACGUUCGCUUCGACCUCGGCCUGGUGAACCGUCUCUCGACGUUCACGUUCACCUGCGAGGCAUCUUCCACGGCGCAAUCGGACCCGAGGCAGCCGGUAGACUUGAGUUAUUGCAUAGACCUUCACGGUAACGUGGUGUUCCGGAAGAGACCGCAAGCCUACAACUGCGCCCAGCUGCGAAACCUGGCCCUGUCGCCCAAUACGGCGUUCCCACUUGAGCCAGUCGUUCUGGUGGCCGUCGAAACUAAGGAUCUCGGGAGGCAGUUCCUCAUUGCCGGCUCUCGGCACAACUGGAGCAAGUUACGAAGCCUUUGCGUCCUGCUGUACGCCGGAAAUCUCGACCAAACCGUGUGUCCGACCAUCAGCGCUAAUUACGAGACGGCCCUGCGCGACUUCUUCGCUAAGCUUCUGAACCUCGUGGAGCUGAACGUCAGCUCUUUCCACUUCAGCGACGGCGUCGACUUCACGGAGCUGCUGGCUGCGCCCGCACUGCGGCGACUGCGCGCACUGUCCCUGCCACCCUGCGGCUUGCGUCAGAACGGCGCCGUGCGCCGACUGGCCCUGGGGCUUAGCGACAUCGAGGACCUGGACAUUCGCCUCAACUUGGACGGCCGCCACGAGAGUUGCAGUUCCUGCAGCAGGGAACUGGUAAUCGCACCUGCGGACGCGAGCGCGUUUCGCCUCGGCUCCGGUCGUCUCACGUUGAGCAACGUGCCGAACCUGGCCUCUCUCAACUUCCUUGAGUGUCUGCAGGUGUCCUGCCUGCGGUUUAUUGACGUCUCUGCAGGACCGCGCUUUGAUUUCCACGCUCUCGCGAAGGUCGUGCGCUACGGCAACAUCCUCCACUCCCUCGUCGUCAAGCUUCAAAGCAUCGGUUUCGGCGAAAGGUUCUUUAAGACUUUGCUGUGCCCUGCGAUGGCUCUGGAGCGCCUGUGCAUCUUGUCCAAGAGCAAGCUGACGUCGGAGUUCGCGGAGCAUAUGGUCCAGUCGAUGGCGCUCCGGCUACCGUCCAUCUUCUACUUGCACCUGCACUACGUGGACGCCGAAACGUCCGUAGAGGCCACCGUGACUUGGAUACGCCUACGCGAAGACGACGACAACGCGGCGGCCGACGUGUCGCGUAGAGGAAAAGUCAUGCGGAGCAAGCCCUGCAUCAUGUGCUCCACCCAGACCUUCAUCGCGCUCGUUAAGCCGCGCAACCGAGAGCUGGAGGCCGAGCCUGCGGACGUGGCCUCCGCGAUCAGCUGCGACAGCGUUGCCGGAGCAAAUCGCGGAGUCAACGUUGCGGGCAAUGCCACUUCAUGUCUGGCCGCUGCAGGACCGUCAGCUCUGUCGUGA